AUGGACAGAAGUUUAGAUGCAUCAGGUCAGUAUCAACUGGGAUGGAGGGCUCAACACACAACUGCAGUAGUAGGAGAGGUCCUGUACUGUUGGGGAGGGGAAAAGAAAGGAUUAGAUGUGUCACACUGUGAUUCUCCUACAAAGAGACUGUAUACUUCUGCUAUUGAUACGUUUAACUUAUUAUCUGGUAUUUGGUCCUCUCAACCUACUAGUGGUACUCCUCCACUGGGAAUCAGAGGAGUCUCCUGUGCUGUCAUUAAUAAUAAUAUUUAUUAUUUUGGUGGUUGUUGUGGCCAUGACAGUUGCUUCCAUAACAGUUUGAACUGUUUAGACACUUUGACUCUUCAAUGGAAAGAAUUACAACCAACCAGUGACAAUUUUGUGACUAAGAGAAGCAAUGGUGGUAUGAUAGUAAUGGGAAGUGAAGGUGAACCUCAACAGUUACUGGUUAUUGGUGGAUAUAGUCCUAUAUCAAUUGCUACUAGUCUCGCUACACAGUAUCAUCUUCAAUUUAAAUAUGAUACGUUUACAAUACCUGGUGUUAAUAAUGAUCAUCUUAGAACUAAUGAACAGAAUAUCUACAACCUGUCCAGUGGUAAGUGA